AAAACUGGAAGCCGCCCACCGCAGCGGCCCACAAGUCCCCGUGUGAGGGAACAAGUGAGCAGCAACCCUCCUCCACUCUAUUUAACUAAUUAAUGCACAUGCUGGAGGCAAAUAUUGCGGGAACUUUACAAGAUGUUAAUAUUGUGAGAGUGGAGUGUGAGAGGAGGGAGGCUGUGAGAGGUGGGUGUGUGAAGGAAGAAGUUAGCAGCGGAGUGUGUUAUGGAGGUGACGGUACAAGAGGACGACCCGGCCACUACCACUUAUCCACCCAACAAGGGCUCUGAGGCCGCCCAGGAAGACCCAGUCUCCCUCAGACAUGAGCUACUCCUUCAUGAAAUAGAGGCUAUCGAUGAGUACUGGGGCCCCACCUUCAGGACCAUAUACGAUGGAGAUGAACAUGGCAAAUUCAUGGAAAGGUUGGAUACAAGAAUCCGAAACCAUGACAGGGAUAUUGAACGCAUGUGUAACCACCACUAUCAGGGCUUUAUUGACUCAAUUCGGGAGCUUCUGCAAGUCAGAUCUCAGGCACACAAACUCAAGACGGAAGUUGUAAGAAUAGAUGACGAAGCCCAAGAAUCUGCAAAAAAACUCCUUGCUAAAAGUGAAGAGUUGAUAAAAACAAGAAAGGUUCAAUCCAACAUUUGUGCAGCUAUUGAUGCUCUCACAUUAUGUUUGCCAGUGUUGACCACUUACUCCAAACUACAAAAACAGAUGCAGGAAAAAAGGUACUAUCCGGCUCUGAAGACCCUGGAACAGCUUGAGCAUACAUAUUUGCCUCGGGUAGCUAGUUACAGAUUUGCUCAGCAGAUGCGUGAUAACAUCCCGAGGGUGCGAGAAGAUAUCAAGCACGCAUCCAUGUCCGAUAUCAAAGAUUUCCUGGAAGCCAUUAGAAGGGUAUCAACAAGAAUUGGUCAGGUGGCCAUGAAACAUUCAUACUGCACUGACACUUUCCUUAUGUUAAACAUCAAGAAUCUUAUUAUGCUCUUUGCCCAUACUUUGCAGAACUAUGGGUAUACUGUGAAUCCUCUGCAUGAACUACUGCUGGAGGUGAAGGAUCAUUAUAACGAGGUCUUGAUGCAGAAGUGGGUACAGGUGUUUAGAGAUAUCUUUGAAAAGGACAAUUACCAUCCAAUACAAGUGGAGACACCGGAAGAAUAUAAUAAUAUCAUUGAGGUUUUCCCAUACCAUGACAAAGCGCUUGAGCAAGCAUCUUUCCCAAAACGUUUCCCUUUUAGUUUAAUGGUUCCUAAAGUAUAUAGGGAGGUCAAAAUUUAUAUUGGUGCCUGCCUGGAGUUUUCAGAAGAUUUAAAUUUAAGUCAAACAGAAAAAGAGGAUAUGGUUCGAAAGUCGACCAACCUGCUCUUGACUCGUACCUUAAGUGGCUGCCUGGCAACUUUGAUCAAAAGACCUGGCUUGCGUCUGCUGCAACUAAUCCAGAUCACGAUCAACACACUUCAUCUGGAGCAUGCUAAUGUUCUCUUAGAACACUAUGUUGCCAAGAUAACAGGGAGCAUAGAAGACAGCAGUAAACCAGGUGUCGGGAGACUACAAGGCAAAGCUAUGUUCAAGGACAUAAGAGGAGAAGCAGAGGAGCAAAUAUACAUUGCUCUCAAACAUAAGAUAGAUGAAUUCUUGGACCUGGCAUCUUACGACUGGAUGCUAGCAGAACCACAAGGCACCUCGUCAUCUUAUGUCACUGAUUUAAUAGCCUUCCUUAAUUCAACAUUUACUGCCUUUACUAAUUUACCGGUGAGAGUGGCACAGACUGCUUGUAUGUCGGCUUGUCAACAUGUAGCAAAGUCUCUGAUGGCAAUGCUGUUAAGUGAAGAUGUCAAACAGAUGUCACUUGCUGCACUAGAGCAAGUCAACCUUGAUGUCAUCCAAUGUGAACAAUUUGCAGCUUUUGAACCAGUGGAAGGUUUUGAGGAGGGUGCCCUUCUUAUGUGCUUCUCUGACUUGCGGCAGCUCCUUGACCUCUUCAUGACAGAGGACUGGUCUACAUAUUUACAUGAUUAUGGAUCAGAAAACUCCAAGUAUCUUCGAGUCAAUCCCCAUAAUGCUAUAAUUAUUGUUGAAAAGCUUAGAGAAGGUGAAAAGAGAGGCAUGUUCUCAAUCCUCAAGAGAAGUGACAAGAAGAAGCUCUUAGAAACUGUUCUCAAGCAGCUCCGUCAGCUCACUCACAUGCAACACACAUCAUGAGGGCCCUCCCUCUCUCUCUCUCUCUAUCUCUAUAUCUCUCUCUCUCUCUCUCCAGAGCAAUGUGCUUCAAAUACUCUUGUGUAUAUCCAUCUUUAUACAAAAGGUUCCUUAGUUAAUUUUUUUUAUCUUUUUGGGUCCGGGAAGGAAGGGGGGUAAAGCGUUGGAGUAGAGUGGAUGCUGUGAUAUGUGUGCGGCUCAUCAGUGUUAUUAAGGCCACAAUGCAGCCCCAGGUUAGUGGGAGGCAGUAUAAACACUACCUUGUCUUUAAGGCUAGUAGUUAACUGGAAACCAUUUGGCUUCAGAACUGAUGCAUUAAUUAGUUAAUUUUUGUAAAUAUUUUUCCAAUAUUUCGAUUGAAUUUUAUUGAAAGAAAGGCAGGUGUUAAACAUGUACAUAUCAAAGUCUGCUAAUGGAUUAUGUUUCACAAUUAGUCAUCAGUGAAUACUAUUUUGUCAUGAUAUUCACAUAAAAUUAAGCAACAUUCCAUUAAUUAGUUGCAAUUGUAUAUACAGUAGAAUCAAAAUCGUGAAAAGUUCAGCCAAAGGCUCAGUGCUUCUUUCUUUUGUGUAUAAAUGUGAAUGAGUGUGAACUAAGGAGAAAGGAGGGAAAACAUAUAAUGUCUUUAUGCACUCUUCGUACGUCAUGUUUCAUAUUAUUCAUGUGUGAAGUUUGUUGACAAAGUUAAGUGGUGUGAAUCAUAAACUUGUGUGAUUUGCUCUUUCAUCUUGCUUGGUGCAUUUUAUUUAUAUUUGAAGGAAGAUCUUUUAUAAAUGUUACGGAUGUCUGAAAGAUUUGAUGUAAAUUAUUACUACUUUGCUCUUCUAGGAUUACAUAUAUUCUGUACAAAUAAUGCUAUAACUACUGAGAAUAAAUACUGUAUUCCACUUUGUACAGAUUACUGUUAAAUAUAAUAAAGUAUUGUGUUAA